AUGGCGCCUUCUGUCGACAUCAACACAGCUCCUCAACUUGUUUUAAUUAUUGUUCCAACUAUCGCUCUCACUUUUACCACAAUAGCGGUUGCCUUGCGUUUCUAUUCACGUACAUUGUCUAGAGUCAAGUAUGGAUUAGAUGAUUGGCUGGCGUUGGCAUCUUUGCCGUUUGCAUAUGGGCUCCACAUUGCUCUGUGCAUUGGUGUAGCCUAUGGUGGCUUAGGCGUCUCUGCACAGUACUUACAGCCAUCAAAUAUGGUUCUGAUAACCAGUGGUGCAAUUUACGGAACAGCAGUAACUUUACUUCAACUCUCGAUCCUAAGUUUUUACCUCCGCUUAUUCAAAGUCUCGAGAUGGCAUAAUAUAUGUUGUUAUAUCGUGAUGGGAAUAUGCGUGGCAUGGUGGAUAGCUUUCUUCGGAGGCACCAUGGGUGACUGUGUUCCACUUGACAAGCUGUGGAACCCGAUGCUUGCCGGAAAGUGCGUCGACCAGAACAAAGCUUGUGGUUCGACUGGAAUAGCCCAUAUUAUCAUUGAUUUGAUAAUUCUAAGUCUUCCAAUGCCUGUGAUAUGGCAGUUGAAAAUGGCAAAAGCACGCAAGCUACAGAUAAGCUUCAUUUUCGCCUUGGGUCUAUUCGCGACGGUAUGCUCUAUUCUGCGCAUAAGUUGCAUUGUGGGACUCGUCAAGAUUAACCAUGCCGAUUUCACACUGUCGUCAUGGAUGAGCUUUCUUUUCGAGAUGCUCGAGGUCGCGACUGGCAUCAUAUGUGUAUGCCUCCCAUCACUUCCUGCGGUGUACACCAAGGCCAUCUCUUCGCCUUUCGGUUCCUAUACGAAGCGUCUACUUAGCUCUCUACUAUUCAAAUCCCAGAGCCAAACGCUGGGAAGCGAUCCUCUUCCCAGUCAGGAGGGUUACUUUGGAAAAGCUUCUAAUAACUCGUCUUCGGGAAAACAUUCCAUGAAUGUCAAAAGCGAUAGUCAUAUUGCCAUUACUAGCCACAUUGCCGUGAGCAGUGAAAGCGCGAGAAGCAAUGAUCGCACGUCUGAUAUAUCUAUGGACCAAUAUCCAUCUCGCACUAGAGGUGGAAUGCAAGUAUAG